AUGCCUAUUCCUGUUCCACAUGGUGGUGUACUUCAAGAUUUAAUUCUUCGUGAUGCUGAAAUCCAUUCUAAGUUGAUAGAAGAAACUUCAACCUUACCUAAGUUAAAGUUAACCGCUAGACAAUUGUGUGAUUUAGAACUCAUCUUGAAUGGUGGAUUUUCACCAUUAACUGGAUUUUUGAAUGAAGAUGACUAUAAUUCAGUCGUUAAUGACAUGAGAUUAUCUUCCGUUACAGAAAAUGGUAAAGGCUUAUUGUGGUCUAUCCCAAUCACUUUAGAUGUAUCUGAAGAAGUUGCUAAAUCUUACAAAAUUGGAGACAGAAUUGUUCUUACCGAUUUAAGAGAUAACAAACCUUUGGCUAUCAUAACUUUAGAAUCUAUUUACAAGCCAAAUAAGGAAGUAGAAGCUAAGAAGGUUUUCAGAGGUGACCCAGAACAUCCUGCUGUCAACUACUUAUUCUCGACUGCAGGAGACUAUUAUCUUGGUGGAUCUCUCCAAGGUAUUGACUACCCAAAACAUUAUGAUUACGUUGAAUUCCGCAAGACCCCUACUGAAUUGAGAAAGGAAUUUAGCAACCUUGGAUGGGACAACCAAAAUGUUGUUGCUUUUCAAACAAGAAAUCCAAUGCACAGAGCUCAUCGUGAAUUAACUGUUCGUGCUGCAAAGGAUAUCGGAGAAACUGGGCAUAUUUUAAUCCACCCAGUAGUUGGUUUGACCAAGCCUGGUGAUAUUGAUCACCAUACUAGAGUUAAGGUGUAUCAUCAAAUCUUACAAAAAUUCCCAGAAGGUUUAGCUACAUUAUCAUUGUUACCUUUGGCCAUGAGAAUGUCUGGUGAUCGUGAAGCCUUGUGGCAUGCAUUGAUUAGAAUGAAUUAUGGUGUAGAUCACUUUAUUGUAGGUAGAGACCAUGCCGGCCCAGGUAAAAACUCUAAGGGUGUUGAUUUCUAUGGCCCUUACGAUGCCCAAGAGUUAUUGGAAGGAUUGAAGGAAGAAUUACAACCGAAGAUCAAGAUUGUUCCAUUUAGAAUGGUUACCUACUUGCCAGACGAAGAUAGAUACGCUCCAAUUGAUACAAUUGACACGUCUAAGGUUAAGACUGCCAAUAUUUCCGGAACUGAGUUAAGACAACGUUUAAGAGAUGGAACCGAAAUUCCUGAAUGGUUUUCUUACCCUGAAGUUGUUAAAAUCUUAAGGGAAACUAACCCCCCAAGACCAAAGCAAGGGUUUGCAAUCAUUAUUAAUGGCUCUGGGCCAAAUGCAGAACAAGGUGAAUUCUUAUCUCAUGCUUUGCAAUCUACUUUAAAUCAAUAUACCGGAGAACGUCGUAUUACCAAGUUAAGUAACACAGAAGUUAGCCCAUUUGUUGUAAAUGAAUUGGUUAAAGCAGGAUCAGGUGUUAUCUAUACUACUGACUCUGAAUUUUCUGAAGUCACUAAGAUAGUUGGCUCCGGUAAUACAGUUAUUGUCAAUGUUGAUGGAAAGGAAGCAUCUGAAGGUGUUUUCUCAUUGACAAAGGAAGCAGGUGCAUCUGAUUAUGAUUUAAGAAGUAUUGUUGCUGACAUUGUAAAUUAUUUAAAGGCUCAAGGUUUCUAUUAG